GCACGGUUAUAAAACCGCUAUAAUGGGUGCGAGCUUCCGUAACACCGGGGAAAUUGAAGAAUUAGCUGGUUGCGAUUUUUUGACAAUCAGCCCUGCAUUAUUAAAUAAGUUACAAUAUUCUUAUAAAAAAAUUGAGAGAAAAUUAAGUCCUGACACUG